GGCAGCCAUCUUGUUGGGACCAGUCGGAAACCAACUGCCGAGCAGUGAGGGACGGUGAACGAGAGAAGACCAGAUGUGCUAACCGAAGGAUUUUUAAUGUGCUUCCGAGCCCGAUCACCGCUACGUGCGAGAGGCUAUGCGAUAGUGACGGAAAAACGAACACCGAGGGAUUUUCACGUACGAAAACACCCAGAUAGUCCUGUCGAGAUCUUCGCUGUCGAGCCGACGAGGUAGCUUUUCGACGGGAAUCUUGGAAAGCGAAGAGUGAGAAGCUGAUAGAGGAGUUCAGAGGGGUAGAUACUUGAGAAGAGUUGUCUGUCCUGUGUAUAGGACAGAGAAAGAAGAAGACCAGGAAGAGGAAGAGGAUAGAGCACACAGAGGAAAGGCGGAGCGAAAGAGAAGAAUACAGAGAAGUGCAGUGUCAAAGUCUGUGAUAGUAUUUAUUGGAAAGAAGAUUUAAAAUAACAUCAAGAUCAUAGUCCAAAAAAGAACGUAGCGUGCGCGAAGAGACUAGAUAGGCUUUAUAUAUUUAUUUAUAUCUGUGAUACCUACGCUGAUAUAUCGUCGAUCUAUCCCUUUCUGAGAACGAUUCGGGUGCGAUAGUCAGAGAGAGACAAAGGGAGAGAGCGAGUGUGAGAGAGUGGAUAGAGAAAUUGAGAGAGCGAGAAAGAGGGAGAGAACUUUGAAGAAAGAAGAUCACUCGAAGAAGAAUAUAUCAGUAUCUUAGUGGAUAGGCGUUUUUUGUAUAUACGACUGACUCUUUUUUACAAUUAUUGAUACCGGUGCGAAGAGACUAGAAAACAGUAAAGGGGAAAGAUUGUUGUGGAGAAAAUCGUCUUGAAGCAAAGCUCGCGUUUUUCCCCUGUUACUUUUGACACAUUGAACAUUUACACUCUUUACGAGGAAGAUGGUUGAGAAAAUCUUGGAGGAGCAUGAGGACGGACGUCAGGAUGGUGGAAGAGGUGAUGGAGGGUGCAGGGAGGUCGCCUCGACGGGCGAGUCAAUGAGCGCAGUGCAGGCGCGGCAGGAAGAGGCGAGACGCAAGAGACGCAGGAAGAAACGUUCCGGCUCGUCCUUGGUUUCGUCUUGUUUCCAAGAAUUGUAUAAACUGACCGGUGAAGUUCUUGGCGAAGGGGCGUAUGCAUCUGUACAGACUUGCGCCUCGCUCUAUACCGAUCUGGAGUAUGCAGUGAAGAUCAUUGACAAGAUACCGGGACAUGCCCGGGGCCGAGUCUUUAAGGAAGUGGAAACGUUUCAUCAUUGUCAGGGUCAUCCUAAUAUCAUACAGUUGAUUGAAUUCUUCGAGGAUGACGAAAGAUUCUAUCUCGUAUUCGAGAAGAUUAAUGGCGGGCAAUUAUUGAGCAGGAUUCAGGAGCGGGUACACUUCAGCGAAAGGGAGGCUAGUGAGAUUGUCAGGGAGAUCGCCAGUGCGCUUAAUUUCCUUCACAAGAAGGGAAUCGCCCACAGGGAUCUCAAGCCUGAGAAUAUUCUCUGCGUGCAUCCCGAAAAGCUGACACCUAUAAAGGUCUGCGACUUCGACCUGGGCUCUGGUAUAAAGUUCAAUAAUUCGCGGUCCAGCCCUGUUGCCACGCCGCAGCUCCUUACGCCAGUCGGUAGCGCCGAGUUCAUGGCUCCGGAAGUCGUGGAGGCCUUCAUCGGGGAGGCCAACUAUUAUGACAAACGUUGCGACCUCUGGAGUCUAGGAGUUGUCAUGUAUAUACUCCUGUGUGGAUAUCCGCCCUUCUAUGGGAACUGCGGUACAGAUUGCGGCUGGGAAAAGGGAGAGAAUUGUCAGGCAUGUCAAGAGUUACUCUUCACGAGCAUUCAAGAGGGUAGAUAUGACUUCCCGGACAGGGAAUGGCGAUGUAUUUCGGAGAACGCUAAGGAUCUCAUCAGAGGAUUGCUGGUCAAGGAGGCGCACAGGAGACUGAGCGCCGAGAGUGUUCUUAAACAUCCGUGGAUCAAUCCUGGACCAACCUCUAUUGAGGUCGGCGAGAGGUCUUUGACCACUCCUCAGAUCAUGAGAAGGAACAAUUCGGCGCGGGAACUUUCGGCUUUUGCGGAAUCUGCUAUGGCGGUGAAUCGGGUGGUACUCCAACACUUCUCAGUAAACCUCGAGGAGCUCACGGAGAACAACCGAGAACCACGGCUGUCGACCUCGUCAACGGACGACGACAACCAUCCAUACGGUCAUAUGUCCGACUCCAGCAGUGAACUCUCGGAGCACGGAAAAAAUUGCGUGACCCAUUCGUCCAGCGAGUUUGACAGCGGUUCGCGCCUCAAGUCUUGCUCAGUUCACUCGAGCAUCGAUCUCAGCGACUCGAAGAUCAUCGGCAAAAACCGACUCACCGGCAAGGAAUCGCUCAAUCAUCUGUUUGGGCUUUCGCCUCCGAGCGAGAGCAGAUUGAUGCAGCGGCGUCUUAAGGCUCGCUCGAGCCUUCUCGAGCGACAAAACGGCGCCAUCGUCGCUUCCCCAAGUGGCUGAGAGAGUAUAACUAAUAAGAGUACACUCUCUUCGUGCGAACGUUCUCUUUCUCUUUGAGUGAAAUUCGUCGAUCAAGUGCGCUACUGCGACGCGUCAAACUUGCUUACAAUCGUUAUCCGUUAAUCAAAGGUGCAACACAUUUGAUUCAACGGUUUGAAGAACAUUCUAUAAUGACAUUCUGUAAUGACAUCUGGGGCGAGUCCAUUGUCAACGCCAGCUUUAUGCCGCUUGUUUUCUCUUGAAUAUUCGGUUAUUCUUUUUUUUUUGUUUUUUUUUUUUACGGGCGUCAAACAUUUCUUUUUCACGGUGACAACACGCCUUUAACUUGCCCCGAUCAACGAAGACGAGGGCAGGUAAAAAUUGCGUGAUUAAUACUCACCACUACUACAUUAACGACGACUUGGCUUUUUACAAUUUUGUAACGAGCGACUACUUCCUCGUAUCCAAUAGAAAAGAAGCGGAAAUAUCCAUUGUUAUGCGAUCAUCCGGCUUUGUUUUUUUCACUGGCUGUAAUAUUGUUUAAUUCUUAGGUUUUUUUUUUUCUUUUCUUUUUGUUACUUGCGAUAUUCGUUACUGUAUGUCCAUGUGGAUGCAGUUCUGAAUAUUUGUUUCAGAGACACCCCGUACACACACUAUACACUACAAACAACAUAACUAUACACAUUUACACUACACUUUGCUCUAUAAUGAGAAUACCUGGAAUACAUAUUAUACACUGAAUACAUACCGAACACUAAAAUCCAUGAAGCACUUAGGUUACAGGAAAAUUCAGCAAAUAGAUACCACGGUAUAUACAGUGAAUUAAAAAGAAACAACAUAACAAAAAUGCACAUGACAAAGGAUAGGCUUCACAAAGCAGACACCAAGUAUACACACUAAUGACGACUUGCAAGGAGUAGAUAAUAAAAAAAAAAGUAGCGUUUACGCAAAAGAAACAAAAAAAGGUCCCAAAAAAAAAUUAAAUAUAUAAUGAUAGCGAGGGUUUCGCUCUACGGGCGGCACAGUGACAUCGUGUCAACGAAGAGGGAGACACGGUGGAGGCAACGAGAAUUUUCAGAUUUGCAAAAGAGGAAAGUCGGUGAUUUUCCGGUGGGAUGUGGAUUUCCGUGUAACCAUCGUGUUUCCUGCUGUACUGUAAAAAAAUUCUUUUUACGCGCUGGCGACCGUAUGCAUUUCCGCGAUCGUCACGAGCCUAAUUUAAGCAGUUUAAGUUUCGCAGUUUAAGUUUCUCGCUGAGAGACCAUUGCGAAGUGAAGAUGUUGAUUAUUGUAUAGGGUACUUUUCUUUUUCGUUUUGCCAAAUUGAGGAAGGAGGUUGAUGAAUGGUUUUGUAGAAGAAAAAAAAAAUAUAUGUCCGGCACGUACGUACAUCCAUACAUGCAUACAUCCAUGAAUAAGCGAGAAGUGAGAAAUUUCUGAACUUUCUGAAAUUUCUGAAAAGGACAAAGGGCACUUGUCUGAUAAGGAAAAGGGGAGUGUGUGCCCUUAACAUAAAGAAGCUUGGUGACCCAAUCGGUGCAUGUUACAUAAUUUUGCUCAUUAGGCAAGUAAGGCGCUUAGAUUGUAAGAUUUGUUUAGAUGCGUGAAGUAAAAUGGAUACAAGUGGGUUGCGUUGUGAUGAGAGAAAGAGAGAGAGAGAGAGAGAGAGAGAGAGAGAGAGAGCCCACGAUCUCCUCCGCGCGGGUCUCUCUGUUAGGAUUGUAUUUAAAGGAACGCGAGGAUUUAUGAAUCCGCGAAAUUUUUUGUACCUGCACCGCGAUGGCGGAUUUGCGCGAGCUAGAUUUACGGCGAGGACCGAAAAAGCACUCUGAAAAGAUAAUUACUUUUUAAAAGCCGAAAGAAAUUCUUUUUGAAAUCGUUUUUGCGAUCCACUUCGAAAUCGGCAUUUGCACUGAUGUACAUGGGAGAAAAAAAAAUUACGUCAAAUUACGUCGAGGUGAUGUUGUAUGCUUCAUUUUUUUUGUACAUUUUUCGUGUUUAAUGUAAAUUAUUCUUGUAGUAUUUACUUUCUUCUUUUUUUUUUCGUAAUGACCUUUGAACGUUUAUUCGAAGCGAUGACAUGUUUGAUCGCAGUGCCAUCUUUUUCACAAUGAUUGCAAUGAUUUAUUUCGUUCUUUCUGUUGUGUUUCACAUAUACUCGCCGGGCGAUUGUAUCACAUUCCAAGGAAGGUGAUCUCAAUCUCUUCGAGAGAAGAAACUAAGAUUACGACCGUGUUUGCGGAUGGUACAAUUUUACGGAAAAUAAAGGAUUUAAUGAAAUAUCCAUAAAAAAAAGUAUAUCUGUGUAUACGCACCUUCGCUUUUUCGUUUGGUGAGAAAUGCGCAGGGAGUAUACUUCUUUCCAGUUUAUUUUUAUUUUCAAAAAGCGUCCAAUUGUUAGUUGCGUUUAUAUGUAUUUUUUUGUUUUAAAGUAUUUAAGAGUGUCUUUUCGAGUUCUUCCCGUACUGUCAAGGAGGGAGGUUACUACUCAGGGCUCCCACCGAAGAGGCUGCGCAAAGAUCCUUGCGUAUCGACACUUUCCGUAACUGAAGGGGGAGAAAUACUAAAAAUUAAAAAAAAAAGUAAAAGUAAUAACACGCAUAAGGACACACACGUACACAUACAUUGUAACUUAUGUAAAAUAAUGCGCAAGCGUCUCGACGCCCAGUGACGACCGAUCAAAAUCUACCCACGGGAAUCGGGAGGAUUACGAAAGGCUCUUUAAUCAGGGUCGAGGAACCCGAACGCCGUGUUAUUCUAAGAGAAAAAAAAAUUCUUAUUGCCGCAUAGUCUCCGUCGUUCGAUUUCCGGCCUGUAAAAUUUCACCUUCUGUAUGUUCUUUUACCACUAUUAAUCUUGCUAUGUCACAUAGUUAUAUUUGCGCAUUGCGUCAACGUCCGGUCGAGAUUUGGAGACUUUGCGGUUCGAUUGUACGAAUGGAGACAUCGUGCAUAUAUACAUAUACACACAACAGACAUAAGAUAUCCAUGUAUAAUAGAAGACGUGAGAAGCAAUAUUUUUAUUUGAGUCUAAGAUCGAGAAUGAAAGAGUGUCAAAGAGAAAGAGAAAUAAUAAGAAAAAAUGAAAAAGAGAGUGCUGAUUCGGACAAUAAAAGUUUCUCGGCGGAUUGACCCCGAGGCUGAACCCAAAACCCAUGCUGACUUUCUCGAUUCCUCAUUUUUUCUCCCCACCAUAGUUUCACUUUAUCUUUUUAUCGUGACUCGCAACCUUUCCGCUGCCACGAAAGAAUUGGUCGUAACGUCUAUCCUGAGAGCAGCGGGCCUGUUGCGAAUUCCGAAGGAAGUAACGAUCCUCCAAUUCAUUUUGAAAAAUCGCCCCUAAGGCCGAUACGUACAAAACUUUGGUGUGCAUGGGGGGAUUGAGAUUCGUAGCAGCCACUUUCAUGUAACUGAAAGAGAAGGUAAUUUUGAAAAUUGAAAAAAAGAAAUUGAUAGAGAAAUCCAAAAAUCAGCAGAUCCCGAAGUAUCAAGUAUCCGUUUCUCUUUGAUCUCUUUCGGCGGUACGAAGACAUGCGAGAGUGUGGAUGCUCUUUUUUCUUUUUUUUUUUUUCGAUUCAAAUAGAUUUAAGGACUCCUACUAAGCGAGUCGUUGCGCGAGUUGUAAAUACGGGGAUGAAUGCAGAAUUGAGCGACAGAGUGUUCGCGAUGAGCGAUGAAAACAAAGAAAUAAAAACAAAAAAAAGAGACAGAUGGAUAGACGAGCGGAGUGGUAGCUGGUCCAUUAAAAUCCAGAGUGUGGUUGGGAGGUAUAUUUGUUAAUGACGGUAAAAUAUGAAAACGAUGCAACAAUGGCCAUAAUAAAUAAGUAAUCUACAGGCGUGUACGUAUCGCGGAUAAAAUGGAAAUGAGAAACAGCGCGGAGAUCGUAAGUCGUGUAAAACGGUGUGUAUAUAUAUAUUACACAUAUAUGUAUAUAUAUAUAUAAAAAGAAAACACAAAAAAAUGAAAAUGGACGAGCGUAAUAACGAUACGAACUAAACAAUAGUUCGUAAGAAGCAGCACCUUUCUUUGUAUAGGAUUCUUGUAAGGCUUUGUAGAUAUAUAUAUAUAUAUUGAAAAAGUUAUAUAUAUAUCACCUAAAAAAUGUAGACUGCUACGCGUCAUCGAAUGCUCUUAAUUAUUGGUACGGGAAAAAAGCCAAGUUUCGACUUGGCUAUUAUACGUGUUAUAUAUUACAAGCAUUGUAACACGGAACAUGGACAAUUUCCACAUGCUUAUUUGUACUUUGCGUGCGAACUAUACGAAUGGCGGGGACCACGCGAAACCCAGUGAGUGUGAACUCGAUCUAAGACGUAAUACGAAUUACUGUAGGUCUAUUUAUUCAACCGUCGUGAAAUUUAAAAUAAACUCAAUAUGACGAAGCGUUCAUUACGAGCACGCGAGUAUCUCGUUGCAGGUAUUAAAUUGUGUCGUUAAGAUCAAUAACGAAACGCGUGCGAAUAAAUGGAUGGGACAGUAGAAAACCCCAUAUCGUGAAGGAUUAAGGAAGAUUGAUUAUGGAGAAUUGAGAGAUCCGGAUAGAUCAGGAAUCGCUAAUGAGAAUUUCGAAAAUGCGUAGCGGUCAAAAAAAUUACUGUAUCCUCGUUUCAGAAUUUCUUGCUCACUCGUGCUAUUUGUUUGGCAACAGAGAUAAUAAUUUUUAAAAAAUUCAGAGGUUAAGAAAGUGUCUUAUUCGAUGCCAAAGGCGUCAGUAAAAGUGAUGAAGAACGAUUGAAAUUGGGGGAUCCCAAAAAUCAUAAAUUUUCGUUACAUUUUUUUUUUAAAAGAAAGAGGGAGCCAGGGCGUAUGUACAUGGAUGCGUGAAAAAUUCUAUGAACGAGCGUGUGAGUGACAGGACGAAAAGGGUUUGAAAAAAAUUGAAUAACGAGAGGAGUAAAUUGAGAAAGGAGAGGGAAUAAAAAAAAUCAUGAGUCAUCUUUUAAUAGGCUGCACCAUUUUUUUUUUACUUUACUAUCCCGUAUGUUAUGAUCAUUUGAUGGGUCGAUUUAAGAUACAAUGAUACAUGUCGACGUAUCAAAGAAGGAAAAAAGUGAACCUGUAAAUAAAAAACGAAUUCUACUUCAAUAACAGCGUCGCCCGACGCGCACGAUAUUGCCGAGUUUCUACAAGAAUAAUCGUAGUAUCAUCGACCACUGCGUAAUGCGUAUGUAAAACCUUAUAAUAUACUGUAUCGAGAAGGUAAGGUUCCCGCGAUAAAAUCCUCCUCCAUAUUCAUCCAUCUUCAUCCAGCAUUAAAUCAAGCCACGCAUCCGCAUUAUUCAGUUCUCCUCUCAGGCAUCCAUGCAGAGCCGAAUUAAUUGUUUAAUAUCCCCUUAUUACUUUGUACCACCGUAUAUAUUCAUUGUACGAGCCGAGCGGUAUUGCUAGCCGCGAGAACCUACCUCGAACCGUGCGAUUCGAGCACGUCGGGCUUUUUAAUAAACUUUUUUUUUAAUUAUUAGCCUAGAGAUACGAGAGUAUAUAUAUAUAUAUACGCGCGCGCAUACAAUAUGAAACGAGCGCGAUUACUUGUGUACAUAACAAAGACUUACCUAUUAGUAUAGUGCCUAUAUCUUUAGGAUAGUUUAUAGUAUAUACAUAUACACGUUUACCCUAUCCCCUCAUUAUUCAAGAAAAAUGAGAAACAAUCCCCAAAUCCCAUUUUCAUUAAACGUCCUCGAUAUCGUCAUCUCCCAUCAAUCAUUGUAUUCCUUGUAUCCGAUAUCAUCCUCGUGCAUCCGCGAUUUGUCCUUAUCCCGUUGUCCUGUGUCCCAAGAAAAAUGAUAACAAAAACAUUGCAAAAAAAAUGGCCAAAAAAUAUUUUUUAUUUUUCAUACCCGUAGUAGGUACUAUAUAUGAUAUAUUUUUAACGUGACUGGCGAGCUUGUUGGAGAUAACGAAGCCGAGAGCCGCGAUCGUUGCGCGGUUUUUUUUUGAACUUUUCCGCGCCACGAUCGCCCUCUAUGCUUUCUGGUGCGAAGUCUGUUGUAGUAUUAGACGCUUUGUGUACUGGGGCUGUUCAUUGCGAGUGGAACUUCUUUUUGAGAACGAAGGCCUAACGUCGAUCUUUCAUUAUGUCACAUGACCUAUUGCACUUUUACUUUUCGGCGCGUUUUACACUUUAUUUCCAAGGUGUAUCAUGAUUUUAUCAUUACGAUCCAGCUUACUAUUUGAUCUGUCUGUACAUAUACUGUACAGGCCCCGGGAUGGGCCCAGCGUAUGCUAAAAUAACAGUGGAACAACGUGACGAAAUCGUAUAAAUUCUGUUGUCACGUUUGUCUCUAUUCAAUGACAGUGAAAAGUGUGUCUUCAAUUCAAACUACGGGACUCAAAAAUAUAAUAUGCUUGUAACUUAAUAUCGAGAGGUACGUGCUGUUUCGGAAAUAAGAGGAAGGUCCAAGUGCAAUUGGUUAGUGGCAUAUGUAAGGAAUGAACAAGAAUGAGAGAGAGAGAAAAUAUGAUAUUGAGAGUGAGAGACGGCAUCUUGAUGUACUUUUGCAUUACGCGAGUUAGCGUAGCGAAACAUAUAAAUGUUGAGACUGGAUUAUGAACGUACAAACUUUAUUAUACCUAAUGAUAAUGAAUUUCAAGAUUCAUCGGACGACUUGAUGUAAGCGACGAGACAGAAUUGGAAGUGAGAGGAAAUUUAAGGCUAUAUGCAUAUAUGUAUUUUAUUCUUUACCGUCGCCAUUUAGUUCUUACGCGGAAUAUCGAAUGGAUUUCAAUCGGGUUUACGAAUGAGUAGCUCCGUUUACUACUGUUAUUACUGCUACUACCAAUGCUACCACCAUACCGAUGUAAUAGUACCGUUGUCAAAAUUCCUUUUACUUUGUCAAAGAAGUCACGAUCCGAAAAUAGCGAAUUUUGCCCACAGUAUUUGCAUAAUUAUUACGGAGCAUCGUUGCAGGAUCUAAUUGGAUCGACGUUAUAUUUAUUGAUAAGGGGAUGCCCGAAUACCUCUUCCAUGGUUGCUAAAAGUCUUAUCAUAAGGAACAAUUCAAAAAGUGUCCAGUGCUUUUUUUUUGCGAGAUAACGAUUUUUAUCUUAACCUCUAGUCGCGAAUCUUUUUUAAGUCGUACCACGAUUUGAAAAAUAUUCGUUACGACAAAAAGUAUCGUUCAGUUCAACGAUUUUGUUCGACGAACGAUCGUCGUCAGUGCUAAUCGGAUAGGAUUAAAUAAUCGUCAAAUUUGAAAAUCGUCGUCCAUCGCGAAAUAUAAUUAUAUGAGUAUCCAUUGAAGAGAAAUGACAAAAAUAUAUAUAUUGUACGUAUAGAAACGAACGAAUAUUGCCAAUAAGUUAACGAUAAUAUUAUUAGUGAUAACAAUUGAUCAUGAAUAUCUUAAACCAUCGUGCUUUAAUAUCGUUUGUUUCUUUUGCAAAGUUUAUGUGUACAUCGCGUAUAUGAAGUUCUUAGAGAGCACUCAUCACGUGACCUAAAUCCUACAGGGAUUAAUCCUACAGUCGAUUAUCGCAGUUAAACUCAUCAAUAAAUUUAAUAGUAUCAUCGUCAUUUGGUCACAAUCAUUAGAGUAUAUAGCAUGCCUGUCAGAAUCAGGCAUGCGAAAUUUAAUAUCUGGGCCGAUAUUUUAGUCUGUAUUAAGUUUCAUGAAAACAGCCUUUAUCGAGCCCCUAUCGAAUCGUGGACUUCUUUGAAUAUUUGAAAUUUUCCAAGGAUUGCCGUCUCUCGCUACGAGAAACUUUCGCUUUCGUAUGAAUUAUGGAUAUGAUAAUUCGAAUGAAAAAGACAUCCUGUCAAUCUCUCUGUGGACUUUUAUUUGUCUAUUGCUUUGUCUUUUCUUAUUCAUCGUUCUCGAACUCAACGAGGAACAACGAAAGACGAUAUUACAUGUAUAUGUAGCGACCGAUCGAAGAAUAGAAUAACACCGAAAUUUCCAUUGUGCAACGACGUGAAUUAUUGUAUUUAUGUGGAAAUUCAGUGUCGGUGGAAAAAUAACUGCGACACCCGUCCUGAAUUCGAAAUCGUCGAGUUUCCAAAUUUCAUGAUCCAUCGAGGAUUGUUUCAUUCGUUGCGAGAAAUUAAUUUCAAGAUUUUUGAUAAUUGUCUUUCGUACGUUCGAAUAAAGAGACCAAAAAAUAUUGAACGGGUCAGUGUUGCAAAGAAUGCAAAAGGCUUUUUGGAUUCGCGGACGAAACAGUUACCAUUGCGUCUUAUUGUCAAGAUUAUUUUCACCACCGUCUUUCGGCACUCGCGUAGAAUGACAGAUAUGGUGAAGGUGGGUAGAAGUAAUAUCUAAAUGUAAUCCACCUUCAUUGUCUCUAAUGAUAAGAAGAAUGAGUAAGUUUUCAAGGUAACGGGGGUCGAAAAUAAAAUCCCUUAAAAUUAGUGCGUAAUAUUAAAAAAAAAAAAAAAAAAAAAAAAAAAAAAAAAAA